AUGGCUGGAUUGAAGUGGCUAUGUUGUAUAUUUACUGGUGGUAUUAACAUAGUUCAUUGUCUGUUUUCACCUGUGGUCCGUAGUACUAUUCUAAAGAGCAUAGUGACACGUCUUUUGCUGGCAUUAUUUACAAUCUACCUUCUGGUUUUUGAGCUUUAUUUGGUACUACCUUCGUUGUUUGAUGGUCAGAAAUGUCUCGUAUCUUUCAUUUUGCUGCUUAUUUUCGUCUGUUUCUAUGUCAGUGUUGUCAAAUGCAUUUCAGUAGACCCAAGUAUUCGUGGUCUCUUGCUUUCAUCAAAGUCCAGACCUGAUUGGACUUAUUGUGUUACAUGCCAGACUCUGCGCCCACCUCGUGCUCACCACUGUUUUGACUGUGCUACGUGUGUUCUUCGGCGUGAUCACCAUUGCACAAUCAUAGCUCAGUGUAUUGGUCAUGCGAAUUGGCGGUAUUUUUGCAAUACCAUAUUCUAUGGGAUGUUGGGAUGUGCAUUUAUGACUUAUUACAAUAUGCUGCUGAUAUUUCAAUCAGAGAUUUUCCCUAGCACUUGGUCAUUGCAUUAUCGUCUUGUAUGCAUGGUAGCACCACCGGGUUUUAUGUGGCUAACUGGUUAUCUAACUGCUCUACAAAGUAUUAUAUUUUUAACUACAAGUCUAACCUUUUUAACUGCUUGUCUUCUAUUUGUCUUCAUUAUCUAUCAAUUCAACUUGAUGUUAUCUAAUCAAACAAUGUUUGAGCGCGCAUUUAAAUCAUUCAGUCGUCAAUAUCAGUAUACUAACAGUUCUGGCGUUUGCAAUAAAACUAUGCGAACAUGUCUACAAACUAAAGGUGAUACGGACAUAAAACAACAACAGCUGCCACUGUCUAUCAACAACAUCAACCAGUGA